AUGGUGGUACCCGAGUAUGGCGAUGAAGUCGCGAUCACACUCUGCAUCGCUGCCCCCCGCCCAGCUUCUCAUUUCCAACUCGUUGCACCCUAG